UAGUUGAGUAAAUGGAAGAGUUACAGAUACAAAAGCUUUAGUGGGGGUUAGACUGAGGUUCUGGUGUCGAUACUUCUUCUUGCUGGGAUCAAUUUGUCGCCAACCUAGCAGUGAUUUUAAAAGGUGUUUACCAAGGGGAUCUGUUGCAGUGAUUUUAGUGGGUUCUGUUGGUUCGAUUUGGAGGAGAUUUAGCUUGUUCUUGAACUGAACUUCAACUGGAAACAAGUUGUUGAUGUGAGUCAUGUGACUGAUUAUAUAUACGCAUUGAAUGGGUUUUGUGUUGUUGAAUUAAUGAUUGUGGUGUUUGUUUUCCAAAGGGGUUAGGAGUAUACCGAAAUGGAACUGUAAUGCUGAUUCAAGAGAAUGAAUCUGGGUGAGUUUGGAAGCUAUAGAAGGUUGAAGCUACAGCAUGAUGAGUAUAUCAUACAACAUGUUCGGGUAAAUGCCUGAACCAACAUCGUUUAAAAGUAUAGUGAAGAAGAAAUCAACAGAGAAUUUCAACGGGAUGUCGUACAUUUGCACAUUAUUAAGUACAUCAUUAUGGACAUAUUAUGGUUUACUUAAACAUGAUGGCAUGCUUACUAUCACUAUUAAUGUUGCUGGUGCUAUUCUUCAAGCCAUAUAUGUUAUUCUUUUCAUCAUCUAUGCACCUAAAGACUCUAAAGUUAAACAUUUGAAGUUAGCAGGGAUUUUAAACUUGGGGUUCUACACGACGGUAGUGCUAAUUACAUUUCUUGCUACCCAUGUAAGCGUCCGAAUUACGGUUAUUGGAUUCCUUUGUGCAGGAUUAACUUUAGUAAUGUAUGCUUCUCCACUAGAAUCCAUGGUAAGUAAAUAUAUAUUUCCAUAUCCCAGUCCACAUGUUGCAUUUGGGCCUGAGCCAUACCAUACCUUGGCGAGGCUUGUAGGGAUUUCUUUCUUCACUUUCACUUUUCGAAUUUUGUUUCAGAUUUGGGAGUUGUUGGUUACAGUGAGUUAAUAGUGACUGUGGUGUUCGAAGUUUCAUGGAUUUGCAACAUCUCAGCUCUAACUUCGCCGUCUAACCACCAACACCACAUGUCAAUUAUGAUAUUACCAUGUGUCAUUUGAAGGAAAAUGAUGAUUACUCAAAUCUUUUCUUUUCGUCAACAGGCUUUUCUUAAUGCGGUCUCCUGGAGUAUAGAGUUCAGUCGUAGUCCAAUCAUACUUGACUAGCCUUAACAACUUUGACCUGAUACAGUUUGAUUCAGUUUUGAAAAUGAUUUCACAACAUGUUAUGUAUCUACAAAAGUUGUUGCAUAACUUGAUAUGC